UGCAGGAAAUGCCGCUGGAAGUCUUGCAUGCUAUAGAUAUCCUGUAGUUCGGUCGGUUAUGGGGGAAAUUGCAUGUAAUUACAUCUUUCUUGGGCGGGCAAAGGGAAAAAAACGUUUAUUGAAACAUAGUGCAGGUACCUAAGAAUGUGGUCAUUUGAGCGAAGGCAGCGGCAGCCCUCGGCACACGAUUGGAGCAGCGGAGACAGCGGCUGGCGACGCGCCCACGGCCGGCCCCCGCGGGCUUCCUGGAAGCUUCGGGCAGCUCUUACACCGCGGCGAUGCCUGGUGCCGUGUAGCCGCGUAUGUGCUCGUCUAGCCGUGGCAGGCCGUGGGCACCCAUGGAGCUGGCAGAGGACUGCAGUGAUGGCUACUUCAUCAUCACCAGGGGGAAGGCACGCAACGGCCUGCGUGGCAUCCAAAAGGGCAGUGUGGGGCGCGUGCAGGCCCGCCCAAAGGGAGAGCUGUCUGUGUGGCUCCUUGGGGCCUCCUCGCACACCUUCCCCAGGGGUGAAGUGCUGGUGCGGCAGGAUGACGGCCUCUUCCUGUCCCGCCACCAGGCUCAGCUGUUGCUCUUCGUGACCCCGGCCGCUCGCCGGCUGGAGCUGGUGGCCAAUCCGCAGCUCUUCCUGGCCAUCUGCAGCCUGGCCUGCGACGACCCCGUGCUGGUGAAGCAUGCCAAGGCCCACCGGCCGGGCCUGCUCAGGAAGGUGGUGCAGAUCCAGAACAAGGGCAGCCUGGAGGAUUUCCCUAUGCUGGGCUUCGAGGUGGAACUGCUGGACUCGGACCAGCACUAUCCUGGCCGGAAAUCCGGCCCGCUGCCUCUGUUCAGUGCCGGUGACAUCGUUCAGACCAGCUCGUGCGGCCCGGCUAAUGCGCAGUGGGCCUGGCCCAACAAGCCCUCAGAAGGGCUCGACCUGAAGAUCGCCUCCUGGUUUGGCUCGCUCCUCAGCUUAGGACCCCCUGAGGGGGGAGGGGAUGACCUUGGGCCCUCUGAGGAGCCCCUGCUGGAGGUGGGCUCUAUGGUGGAGCUGGUGACCAACAAAGGGGCCCCAGCAUAUGGGGUGCUGCGGUGGAUGGGCACCAUUAAGGGGAAGAAGAGGACCUGGGCAGGCGUGGAGCUGGACCGGGAAGCCACCAACGGCACGGAUGGGACAUUCGGAUCUCACCGCUACUUCACAUGCCAGAGGAAGCGUGCCGUGUUCGUGCCCCUGAACUUCUGCCGACCGGAUGCCCGCUUCCUGCCGAUGCCGGCUCCUGCCCCUCAGCAUGGCAAAACGGCAGAGGAGUCGCACCCAGGCAUCGACAAAGAUGUUCCUCCCGUCCCAGAGGCAGAGGCUUUGCAGCUGCUAGAGGGCAGGAUGAAAGGGAUCCAGGGCCAUUACAACUCCUGCUACCUCGACGCUGCCCUCUUCAGCUUGUUUAGCUCCUCCGCAGCCCUGGAUGGAGUGUGUCAGGAGGCCGCCAGCACGGGCGGGGAGGCUCCCCGCAUCCUCAAGCGGGACAUCAUCAACAAGCUGCGCAGCCAGGGGUUUGUUCCAGCUGAGAGUGUGAUGAACUUCCGGAAGCAGUUGGGCUGUGACUCUUUCCUGACGGAGGAGAAAGACCCCGAGGAGUUCGUCAGCAUCCUCCUUGAGCGAGUGCUUGGCAUGAAGCCAUUGCUCAGGAUUAGAUCACAGAAUGGUAUGACCCAAGAUGCCUACACAUUCCAGAUCAUCCUGGAUAAGGACCAAGUGGGAACAGCUCCCACAGUCCAGGAGCUGCUGGAUACUUCCUUCGUGUCGUGUGGCCUCCAGCUGGAGGAGACCCCGUCGUGCUUCAUGGUCCAGAUGCCGAGGUUUGGGAAGACGUAUAAAAUGUUCUCCCAAAUCAUUCCCUCCACUGAGCUGGAUGUCACUGACCUCCUACACAACUCCCCCCGGGAGUGCUUUGUUUGCGGCCGCCUGGCACAGCUGGAGUGCACCACCUGCCUGAGGGACAGGAAGCUGCAGCCCGGCAGGAUCAAGCAGUACUGUAGCCUGUGCAGUGCCCAGGUCCACGCUCACCCCCUGCGGCAGGACCAUGCUCUCCAUGCGCUGACUGUGCCAGCAGAAGUGCCCGAGGGCGCCCCCUUGCUGCGGCAUCGGCUACAGCUAUACGCCGUGCUGUGCAUCCGGACCAGCCACUACGUGGCCUUUGUAAAGCACGGGCCGGGUCCCCACUCCUGGCUCUUCUUUGACAGCAUGGCCGACCGCUGCGGCGAUGACAGAGGAGGUUUCAACGUCCCCGAGGUGAGGGGCUGCCCGGAGGUGGGGGACUUCCUGACUCAGCCAGAAGAGACACAGGCGAGGGCAGACCUGGAGCUGGUCAGUGAGCACGUGAGGAGGCUGCUGUGUGACUCCUACAUGUGCCUGUAUGAGCGGGCGCCCGCGUGA